GCAGAAUUUGUGUCUUCAUUUGGACGCCAUGGAAGAGAGAAAAGCUUCCAGUUCUUCUUGUUCCAAGCCCCAGCCCAAUAAAAUAUUGACAAAUAAUACAGAGGAAUCAGUUACCAUCGAAAUUCAAGAAUUGGACAACUGGUCCAGUGGUCCCAUAAUCUUUAGAGUCCCAAAUAUACUAAGAUACUUAGAUGAAAAGGCUUACACUCCUCAUCUAGUUUCCAUUGUUCCUUUUCACCAUGGUCAUAAAAGCUUGAAGGGAAUGCAAUCUCACAAGGAGAAACAUUAUCUCAAAAAGUUUCUCGAACGCACUAAGAAGAGCAAAGAGGAACUCUAAAACUUCAUUCUUGAAAAUUUUGAAGACAUGGUAAAGUCUAACUAUGCUGGUCCCAUAGAACUUGAUCUCAAUGAGUUUGUAAAUAUUAUUCUCGUAGAUGCUUGUUUCAUUUUUGAGUUCUUUUCGUGCUAUGAUCAAAAAGAAGAUUUCAUAAUGAGAACUCCGUUGCUUUUCAAUAGAAUAAAGAUGGACUUAAUAAUGCUCGAGAAUCAGAUUCCAUUCUCUACUCUUAACAAGCUUUAUGCUUUCUCCAAAUCCACUCCCACAACAUUUCUUGAGCUUUCCAUGAAUUUCUUUGGUCUUCAAAUCCCUUCAAGCAACUUAUUACUAGACGAAAAUGGCAUCAAACACUUCACUGACUUGCACAGAAGGUCUUGGCUCCCAAAAGAAGAUUUCAGUCCUGGCAAACUCAAGCAUCUUUACACCGCGACGAAGCUAGACAAAGCUGGUGUGAACUUUGCCCCGCCGCCACCACAGAAAGACUCGACACCACUGUUGAAUGUCGAGGUUUUGCGAAUGGGACGGCGCUGUAAGUUCAUACCAUGCCUUGGCUCUCUCGAGCUUCAGCUUCCUUUGUUCACCAUACGCGAUGACACAGAAUACAUUCUUCGAAACGUAAUGGCAAUGGAGCAGUACCAGCCUGGUCCGAACUGUGCCACCCAUAUAUGCAGCUACAUGUAUCUAAUGAGUGCACUCGUAGACACUGAGCAGGACGUUGAUUUUUUGGUUGAGAAAAAGGUCAUUAAACAUAGUCUUGGGAGUAACAUGGAGGUAGCAGAGAUGAUCAACAAAAUUGGCAAAAAUAUGUACUUAGAAAAUUUCAUCUAUGCUGAGCAGUGCGAUGAACUUAACGAAUUUUACGAGCGUUGGUAUAACCGUGCUAAGGCAACUCUCAUUAGGGUUUACUUUAAGGAUCUUUGGACUGGCAGCUCCACUGUUGUUGGUGUAUUUGUACUCAUUUUUACAAUAGUUUCAACUAUUGAGUCAAUAUGGUCGUUUCAAGAGAGGAGCCUUCGUUCGGCCAAUAAAAGCAACUGCUUAUCAUUUUCUCUUUAACUAGUCGUUACUACUAAAUUAGUUAUAUUGCUUAGUUACUUGUCAUUCAAUGCUUGUCUAAAAAGUUCAAUCAACAAAAACUUUUUUGUCAUUUCUUGCUUAUUAUAUAUCAUUAAUUAUUUA